GUGUAAUAUACCUUUAUGCAUGGUUGUGAACUUGGCUCAUAUUAUCAAUUUGCUAAGGUCUGGCACUUCCAAGUUUUGGGAAAGGACAUGGUGCGGCCUUCAUUGAUUCAAAAAACUUUAUCAAAGUUUUAAAAAUCAAUUGAUAAAUUCUGAGAAAAAUAAUUAGCACCAGCAAUGUAUUGUAAGCUAAAAAAGUCAAUUUAAACACAAACAUCACUGCUAGUGAGUAAGGUUGCAACGAUUUUACAGACCGAAAUCCAUCCUCAAAAUGACCAAAAAAUGUUGUUAAUGUGAUGGUUGUUAUGGUCUUUUUAUAUCGAGUGUUCCGUUUUUAUUGUUUUCUUGUAUUCUAGGUAUUGCAUUAUUUUGAUGUAUCAAAAAAUAAUAUGUAAACGGCACCCCCUCAAAAAAUCUUUUGAGGGUUUUUUAUGGAAUUACUCGAAGGCCUAAUGCUGUUUCUAUUUAUUCUUGCUAUAAAUUUCAUUAAAAAUUUUUUGAAAGUUGAAUCCUAUUAUGUAUGUUUUUUUUUAAUUUAAAAAUAACAAUAUUAAUAUUGUUUUUAUUAACAUUAAAAAGAAUCCGAUGAAAUUAUUUAUUUUAUGUAUUCUUAAUUAAGGUUUUAUUCUAAAUACUUUCAAUUUCAAGAAAUGUUGAUUCACAAUUUAUAGUAUUGUUGAAAUGAUUUUACCUUGUCAUACUAUAAAGACACCAUUAUAGCAAUAAUUAUUAUAAUUGUUAUAACUUUCCGUUCACAUCUAAACCAAUUUAUUCCUUUUGGUUAUAACGCAACAGUUCUACGCUUCAUCUACUUUAUGUGAUUAUGGUGAACCUUCAAAGUCAACAGAAGUAAUUAUAAUAGGUAAAAUAUGAUUUAUUUUGCUGCAUAAUUUAAAUGAUCGCUAGCACAGAAUACUCUAUUGCUUUGUUUUUUGAACAUUUUUGGUAAAAUAGCUCACUAUUCAGACAAGUAUUUUAAUUAUUUACAACUUAUCUGGUCAAGCAAUCAAAAAGUUAUUAUAAUUAUUUAAUCAUCAUAGCGUUUUAUUUAUUGAUCUAAAAUUGGAGGUCAAGUUGAAAAGUUGUCGUUAUUGUUACUGAGUUUUUUUACAAAAAAUACUAAUAAAACAUCUUAGGCAUAAUUUCUGUGUAUUAAUAAUACAAACUGCAUAAUAAAUUUGCGAUAUCUGACUAGAUGGUAGUUGUUACUCAUAAAUAAAAUUUUAAAUUGCAAGAACAGAAACCUUACUCAUCAAGAAAUAACAAUAAAUUCGUCUUAUAAAUGUAAUGGUAGAAAUGUAUUUCUUCAAUCUUGACGUGUUUUAUAACUACAUACAAAGAUGUUGCUUGAUGUUGUUAAGGUGCUAGGGUUAUUUGUUCAAAUUAAUAUAUUAUAACACAUCAAGGGCAAUCCAGCAGUAAGAACAAAUUGCUUGAAUCCGUUUUGUUCCAUUUAUGAGAUAAGACUUAUAUGGAAAGUAUAACAAUGUGCAAUUUUUUCACCUUUUUUGCCCUUGUUGGUAAAUGUUUCUCCUGUGAGUCUAAAGCAGAUGUUUAUAAUUAACUCAAAUCAUUAUUCUUAAACACUUAUCUUUGAAAAAUUCUUUUUGAUUUUCCAAAGUAUUCCAAAGUAGAGUUUCAAUAAAUAAAUCAAUAGGUAGUAAUAAGUGUUCACAAAUAAAUUUUUCCUUCGAUUAUUAUGUAAUGGUAAAAUGAGGAUAAGAAAAGAAGAUAAAUAUAAAGUAAAUUUAUUUUAUUUGAACCUCUAGCGACAUGAAAAUCGGCUUACAAUCUAGCUUACAUUCUUUGAUUAAUUUCAUUGCAAAAUCUUGUUAAAUAAAUUACAGAAACAAUUGAUAUAAUUUACAGAAGCGGACUCGAGCAAAUUAAAAUAUUUUCAAAUGUCACAUAAAUAAAGUCUUGUUAGCACAUCAGCUCAUCACUGUCUCUUAAUUAACUGUUGUAAUUAACAACGUUCCAAAACCCGUAUAAAGAAGCAAAUUAAUUAAGCCUAUCAUUACGGAAUCAAUUAAAAUUGCAUAAUCUGUCAACAAAUAUCGGUGAAUAUGGAUAAACUGGGUACAAAACUUUGUGAAAUAUAGAUCUGCUAUCAGCGAGACUCUCGCUUUCAGGCACGACCGCGUCUGCUUCAACAGUAACGCUAUUACGCUCUAAGCUCCAUGAAAAGAGAUUCUUAUCUUGAAGAGGUUUACGUAAAUGAUCCAAAUGCAUAUUAUAGUGUGCGUCAAAGAAUUUCCUGCUUUGACUUAACAUUAAACCAGUGGCAUAAACAUUUCUCGCUGGUACAAAGUCAAAGACUUAUAACAUACCCAAGUAAAAAUCUAUAAAACUGGCUAGAAUAGUCAGGGAUAUGUAUGUACAUCAUUAAAAAAAAAAUAAGAAUAAAAAUAAUAUAUUUACUAUGAAUACAUAUCUUUAUGAAUACAUAUCUUCUUCGUGUUACCUACUUUUUUUCACGAAAAUAGAAGAAAUAUUAAUAUCUACAAUAUCUAUUUCCUGGAUUAAAGUUGAAAAUGUCAAAAUUCAUAUCAACAAAAUAUCCAUUUUUGGAUAAAAGUCUUUUAAGUACUUUACUUAUUAAGUUUUUAUUAAACUGACUAAUAAGAGUAAUUUAGUAGUAGUAGUGUAAUUUUAGAUUUUUUUUUAUGCGAAGGUUGGCAAACUGCAUAAAUUUUAUGGCUAGCCCAACAUUUAUAGACAUCUAGUGCAAACUUGCGUAAAUAUCACUUGCAGGAUCAUCCUGCAAAUCGGCAAUUAAGGUCCAGCCUUGCUCUGAAUUCAAAUUCCAACAAAAGCAUCAUUUUCCGUCUCGCAAUGGUAUAUUGCACGAUCUGCGGUAACGACAAGUUUACAACUCUUCACGGACAGAGACACACAGAUUCAACACGUACUCGUAUGCCGUAUAUUGCAAGUUGCAGCUGAAAGAAGAUACACUUUUAAAUGAAUAAAUAAUGGAUUUGCACACAGAGAAUGCAGUAUCGAGCAUUUUAGAUCUUGGUAUUGCGUGUCGUGUGACACUUUCGUAGUGCGAUAGUUUAUUCCAAGGCAAAAAUACGAUAGGAGACUAAAAAUUGCAGAAUUGGAUCCAUUGCGAUGAUGCACUAAAUACAUGAUUGUGAAUCACGACUUAAUAGGUAUAUAAACGGAGGAUUCUUCACCAUUUUCAUUCAAUAGUCCACACUGCUUUGUCACUAGUCUAGGUAGCUGUAUUACCCUAUGGUUUCAUUUAACGGGCAAGUGGUGUAGUAAUAAUGGAAAAACACUUUUUAGUAUUAGUUUUGGCGUGGAGUACAUUGAUAAAAGCCGAACCACCGGUCAACUCCUACCUACCACCAUCUCAAAAUGGAGGCCCAAGUUCAACUUAUGGACCUCCCGGAUUUCAACCAGGACCUCCUUUAGGUGGUGGAGGUAACAGUGGACACCCACCCUCUCAACCUGGAUCCACAUACGGUCCGCCAUCUCAAGGAGGAAAUGGUGGUUUUGGCGGAAGACACCCUGAUAGUGAUCAAAGACCUGGCACUAGCUACUUACCACCUGGACAAAACGGAGGUGGCGGAAAUGGAGGAGCUGUUGGUAGACCUGGAGUUACAUAUGGUCCCCCAGGACAAGGAGGAAAUGGGUUUGGUGGAGGUGCAGGUGGUGGUAGACCUAGUUCGACGUAUGGUCCCCCAGGACAAGGAAACGGAUUUGGAGGUGCUCAAGGAGGUGGUAGACCGAGCUCAACGUAUGGUCCGCCUGGACAAGGAGGAAAUGGUUUUGGCGGUGGUCAAAAUGGAGGUAGGCCUAGUUCUACAUAUGGUCCACCCGGACAAGGAGGAAAUGGUUUUGGCGGUGGCCAAAAUGGAGGUAGACCCAGUUCUGCAUAUGGACCACCCGGACAAGGAGGAAAUGGUUAUAGCAAUGGUCAGAAUGGAGGCAGACCCAGUUCUACAUAUGGUCCACCCGGACAAGGAGGAAAUGGUUUUGGUGGUGGCCAAAAUGGGGGUAGACCUAGUUCUACAUAUGGUCCUCCCGGACAGGGAGGAAAUGGUUUUGGCGGUGGUUCUAGUAAUGGAAAGCCAAGUUCAACAUAUGGAGCUCCUGGGCAAGGAAACGGAGGAGGUCAUAACGGUCAAAGACCAGGCAGUACCUAUGGACCACCUUCACAAGGAGGUCAACAACCGGGUCAAUCAUAUCUUCCACCUUCUCAGGGAGGCACACAAGGUGGAAAUGGUGGAUACCCAAGCGGUGGGCCUGGUGCUCCUGGCGGUGGUGCUGGUGGAUAUCCUAGUGGAAGACCUGGAGGUAACGGUGGAUAUGGUGGCGAAGAAGAAAGCACAGAACCGGCAAAGUACGAAUUCGAAUAUCAGGUAGAUGAUGAUGAACAUAAUACACAUUUUGGACAUCAGGAGUCAAGAGAUGGCGAUAAAGCGACAGGCGAGUACAACGUUCUGCUGCCAGAUGGCAGGAAGCAAGUUGUGCAAUAUGAGGCGGAUUCCGAAGGAUAUAAACCAAAAAUCAGUUAUGAAGGAGGUGGAAACGGCGCUGCGGGUGAAGGUUAUCCUUCAGGCAGACCUGGGGGCAAUGGAGGUUACCCAAGUGGCGGACCAGGAGGUGUCGCUGGUAACGGAGGAUACGCCCCUGGAGGCGGAUACUCUUCUGGAGGUCCACAAAGUGGCAAUGGAGGAUAUCCUUCUGGUGGCCCUCAAGGAGGUAAUGGAGGAUAUCCAUCAGGAGGCCCGCAAGGAGGGAAUGGUGGAUAUUCAUCAGGCGGCCCACAAGGAGGGAAUGGCGGAUAUCCAUCAGGCGGCCCACAAGGAGGGAAUGGAGGAUAUCCUUCCGGUGGCCCACAAGGGAGUAAUGGAGGAUCAGGACCAGUGUCUCUUGUCUUUUUCGCUACUGCGGCUCUUGUUUUGGCCGAGCCCCCAGUGCCGAACAGUCAGUACCUCCCGAGUAACCAGUACGGUCCUCCAAACAACCAGUACGGCCCCCCAAGACCAUUCUCACCGCCGUCGAAUCAAUACGGAGCACCGGCACAAACCACUGCUAUUGUAAGGCCAAAUAAUCAGUAUGGUGCUCCACGACCAGGAGGCAAUUAUUUGCCACCAGGUCAAGGGGGUAAUGGAGGGUAUGGAGGAAAUGGCGGAUAUGGAGGUGGUGGAUACGAUGACCAAUCCGAACCGGCCAACUACAACUUCGAGUACCACGUCCAAGACGCCCAAUCCGGUAACGAUUUCGGCCACCAAGAGUCGCGCCAAGGCGACGUCGCCCAAGGCAAAUACUACGUGCUCCUCCCUGACGGUAGGCGUCAAACUGUCGAAUACAUCGCUGACAAUGAAGGCUACAAGCCGAAAAUCUCCUACGAACAAGUGAGCAACGGCAUCGGGGGCGGGUACGCCAACGGCGGCUAUCCAAGUGGCGGCGGCGGUGGAUACUCCAACGGUGGGGGUAAUGGAGGUUAUCAGUAUUAAAGUACCAUAGAUAGAAUAGAAAAUUGAAAGCUUGAUGAAGAUGUUGAUGUUUUUGUAUAGGCUCCCAUUUUGUGAUAUCAUUGUCAAAAGUUCAUUUUUUUUUCAUUUCUAAAUGUUGACAUCUUAUCAAGUAUUAAAAGUACCUUAAUAGUCUUCAGAAUUGGGACUAUCAUAGUUUGUAAAAUAUGUACAUUGUACUUCUUCACCUUCACAUGUCGAUAACGAAAACGAAUAUGGAUAACGAUUUGCAUAAGAUGAAUGAAAUUUGCUCUUUAAUAUAGUUUUCAUUCAUUUUAUCUUGGAUUUGUGUAUUUAUUAAAUGCCAUAUUUAAGUAUUUAGACUAGUUUCCAAGUAUUACCUAAUUAUUGCUGUCAUGUUUAUACCUCUAUUUUGUAAUGAAAUAAAGAAGUUUUGCAUUA